GAAAAAGAAAAUACUGAAUUGAGAAAACAAAAAAAUGUAUUCAUCGAUGAAAACAAUACGUUACAUUCACAAGUAGAUCGUAAAGAUUCAGAAUUGGAACGUUUGCGUACUGAGUUUGAAUCUCUUGGUUCACAAUUACAAGUUGCAAUUGCUGCCAAGUGCCAAGCAUUCACUGAAAUAGAAGAAGUAAGAAGUCAUGAAAUGUCUCUGGAUUUCAAAGAAAAACGAUUGGAACAAGAGAGAGCACUUUUAUCUCAGCAAAUGGUUGGUCUUGAAGAAGAAUUAUCGAAAAGAACAAAUGAAUUACAAAAUACUAGAUCAGAGGCAUCUGCUAGAGCAUUGCUUACUCAUACCAGGCUGAGUCAGUGUGAAGAAGAACUGAAGAUCACGAAUGAAUCAAUAAUACAAGCACGAGAAACUAAUUCAAUUCUGCAGCAUCGCUGCGAAGAGUUAGCUCAGAAAUUAGAUGAUCAAAGGAAUCAUGAAUUAAUUAUGCAUGCAUCUUAUAAAGAAGAAGUUACAGCACAAACUAGAUUAGCAGAUCUUUACAAGGGAAUGGCUGAUGAAGCAAAUUCAAAAGCUGAUGAUUACAGUAAUGCAGUAAAAGAGCUACAAGGCUUAUUAGAGCAUGCCACUGAACAAUAUGGAAUAUUAGAAUCAAAGUAUAAUCAGACCUUAAUUAAUCAUGAUCAUGAAAUUAAUGAUAAGCAGAAAAAUAUUGAUGAAUUAACGAAGGAACUUAGUCUAGCUAAUGAAUUUUUAAAAACUAUGAAGCAAGAACGUUUAGAUCAGGCUGUAGAACAACUUGCCCCAACAGCAGCUAUUGCAAGUAGAAUAUUAAAGAGAGGUUUGAGCUUAACACAAAUUUAUACUCAAUUAGUAGAGACAAUGAAUGAAUUAAGUUUAGAAAGAGAAGAAAAUGAAAAACUAAAAGCUCAAAUGGAAAUUAUCUUAAAAGAAUUAGAAGAAAAAGCACCAAUUUUACAACAACAAAGGGAGGACUAUGAAGCUGCUAUAGCUAAUGUAACUAGUCUUAGUUUACGACUAGAUGAAUUAUUAUCUGAAAACACUCGCUUACAAGAAGAUACCGAUGAAGCUAAAAGAUUAACUAAUCAUCAUUCUAAAGAAAAUCAGAGACUAAAAUCAGAAUUAGCUGAUCUUGCGAGGCAAGUUUGUUAUUUAUUAAAGGAAGUUCAAGAGAGUCGUAUAAAUAAUACUACUACUAUAGAACAUAGUUUAAUGAUAACAGAUGAUCUUGCAUCUUCUCAAAUUAUUAGUAAAAAUUUAGUUACAUUUAAAGAUAUUGAAGGUUUACAAGAAAAUAAUCAAAAAUUACUUUCAAUAGUAAGAACUUUAUCUUCUAGACAAGAGGAAAUUGAAAAAGCUACUGAUCAAAUAAAUUCUGGUGAAAUGAAAGAAAAACUUGACAGGUAUAUCGAACAAUUGACUGAAAUGCAAGCAGCUCAGGAUAGACAAACACAAAUGUUAGAAGGUUUAUUAAAACAACGCGAUAUGUAUAAAAGCAUGUACCAACAAUGUAUUAAUGAAGCCUGUAAUAUAAAAAAUUCAGAAAUAAAUGAGCAUAUUAACAAUGAAGACCAAGAUACUCAGGACAAAAAAAUAACAAAUUUACCAAAUGAAUGCAAACAAAUAAAUGAUGAAGUAAAAAACUUAUAUAAACAAGUUCAAGAAUCUGAAGCUAGGUUUAAUCAAGUACGGAAUGAUUUUGACAUAUAUAGAAGAGAUAAAAUUGCCCAUGAACAAAUGUUGAGCGAUGAAAAUGAAAGAUUACGCAAAGACACAGAAAAGAAUUCAAUUCGUUGUUGUCGAUUAAAAGCUCAACUAGAUUCAGCUAAUGAACGAUUCAGUCUUUUGCAGGGAAAUGUUGCUACAUAUAAAUCUCAAAUUAAAGUUUUAGAAGAAAAAUGUAAUAAUUAUAGCACAACAAUUGGUAAACAUGAACAAAGCUUAAUGAUACUAAAAGAUGAAACCUUAAGCGCUCAAAGUAGAUUAUCAAAAACAGAGGUACAAUUACAAAAUUUAAAACAAGAGAGGCAGCUAUUACGAGAUUCUGAAGGGCGUCUUUUAAAAGAGAGAGAAGUUUUACAACGGGAGAGACAUACGAAUGCUUUACUAAAAGCAGAUAUUGAAGCAAUAAAAACAAGUUUAGAUCGUGUUCAAGCAGAAGGGCAGUUACGCAUGGAGCAGCGAUUAGACGAUGCUUCGAGAGAAUGCGCUGCUUUAAGAAGACGAUUGCAGGAAGAACAAGAUCGAUUCAGAGAAUUAUCUUUACAUUUAGAAAGACAAAUGAAUACAACAAAAGAUCGAUUAACUGAAGAAAAAUAUCUUAAUGAAAGAAUUCAAUCAGAACUUAAUACUUCUCGAUUAGCCGAGCAAGAGUACUUAAAGAGAAUAGAUGAUUUAAAUUCUCAGCUCAAACAAGCAUCUGUAAACACUAUUUCUCAAUCCAUUACAGGAGAUAAUGAUAUAAGUAAACGAGUAAAAGAGUUAGAAGCUCAACUUGCUUGCAAUCAAGCAGAAAUAAAAUGCCUGUCUGACCAAUUAAAAACAGCUCGCUUUCAAAGCCAACAAUAUUGCGAUAUAGCUGAGAGCUCGGAAUCACAACUUCGAGAAGCAACGAUGCAAUUUAGUAAAUCAAAGGAAGAACUUGAAAAUAAUUUAAUUAUGGCUCGAGAUGAAAUUACAAUUUUACAAAAUAGGAUAAAACAGUUAGAAGAAAAAAUACCAAAUAAAUCAAUUGAACAAGAAAACGAUUCUGAGAUAAGAAAAAAAUUAGCUACCGCAGAAAAACAUAUUGAAGAACUUAAUGAAUUGAAAAGUGAACUGGUUAUUGCAAAAACUGAUUUACAAAACGCUUCAAGUGUAGCAGCUUCUGCAGAAAAUAAAUAUGCUCGAGAAAUGAUUUUACACACUGCUGAUCUCCAAAUACUAGCUAAAUUAAAGGAAGAAAAUCAAGUAUCUAACGAAAAAAUGACAGAAUUAAUUUUGCAAAGAAACUCAGCUAAAGAGGCAUUAGAAGUUGAAAAAUCUAUGUGGCUUGAACGAGAAACUUAUUUACAAAAUGAAAUUCAGAAAUUACAAAAUAGAUUAGAAGAUUUAGAUGCUCAAAAUGUUAUUCUACAUAAUCAAAUUCAAGAAUUAAGUGAGCGAACAGCUAUAGUCCACAGUCAAAAACAAUUGAAUAUUGAUGGUCACCAAAGUCUGAACACAAGUUUUGAAUAUAUGAAUCGAAGCUUUAAUGAUGAAGAUUCAAAAUCAGCAGAACAAUUAUUACAAGUUAUGAAAUACUUGCGUCGCGAGAAAGACUUAACUUUUGCUAAAUUCGAUGUUCUUAAGUCUGAAAAUAUGAGACUGAAAUCUGAGGUUGAGCUUGCAGAAAAACGAAUUGAAGAAAUAAAAAAAUUGCUUGAACGCGAACGUGAAAAUAAUGAAAUACAUGUAGUAACAACAUCAAAACAUUCAGAAUUAUUACGAAAAGUUGAAACAUUGAAUGCUAUAACAGAUUCUAAUAGAAUCCUCCGUGAAGAAAGAGAUUCUCUUAAUCUUAAAAUUAAAGAUUUCAUAAAUAAGUUAAACUUAUUAACAGAUGAAGUAGCACCAUUACGCGAAAAAUCUCGAGAUUUAGAAGCAAAACUUGAGUCACUUUUACAAGAAAAUAGUAGUUUGAAAGGUGAAGCUAUGAGAUGGCGCCAAAGAGCGAAUACAUUAGUAGAAAGAGCCAAUAAAGCAAGUCCGGAUGAUUGGCGCAGAUUACAAACGGAGAGAGAAAAUCUGAGCAAGCUUUUAACUUCAGAGCGUGAAAUACAUAUUAAACGUAUUGAAGAAUUAAACUGCAUAAAAAAUGAGAAAAUUAGAUUGGAAGAACAAUUACAUCAAACUCAACGUCAAUUAAAAUCACAUGAAGACGUAAUAAUACAAAUGACAGAUGAUGUAAAUAAACUUAGUGAAGAUCUUAAUGAUUUUAUUAUUAACUCAAAUGAGAAAGGGAGAGAUUUAACGAAUUUGAGAAAAGAACUUUCUGAUAAAGAUGCUAUGCUCACUGAUUUAAAAAACAAAGAAAUUCAAAUUCGAAGAAUAGCAAAGAAAUAUAAGACUCAAUAUGAAGAAUUAACAAAAACAGUGGAAGAAGAAAAAAAUCGAAUAGAUAACCGACAAGUAUUUCAAACUAAUAUAAAUAAAAUAGUAAAUGAAGAUGAUAUACAGGUUAGUCUAGAAAAAGAAGCACAAUUAAAAGAAGAUAGAUUGGAUUUAAAACAAGCUAACGAUCAAUUGAAUUUAGAAAAUGUUGAAUUACGUCAACAGGUCUUAGUCAUACAGUCUGAAUCUGAAAACUUAAAAAAAGAAAUUGAAAUAAUUAAUAAAGUUAGCCUUGAAAAAGAAGAACGGGCUAAACAAGUUCUUAAAGGAGCCCGAACUAAGAUCAUGCAACUUACUGAAUAUAAAAAAGUCUGUGAAAAGGAAAUUCACGAACUUAAAGAGAAGCUUAAUUCGAGUACAAAUGAAUGUGAAUCAAGCUUAAGUGAAUAUGAAUCUAGACUUACAACAUUAAAAUCACAAAUGGAAGGACGAAUUAUGCGUCUUGAACACGAGCGAUCUGAACUCCAAGUUGAAAAAGAAGCUUUAUUACAACGAGCAACACAAUAUCAAAGGCAAAUAUCCGGUCAAAGCAAUCUUGGCACUGGAAUAAGUGAACCUCCAACUGCAAACAUUAAACCAAUGUCAGCACGGACAGAAACACCUUUAGCUAGUAUUCGUCCUAUGAGUGUGGUUGUACAAUCUCGUACAGCCGCUGUUCUCCCUACAACUGCAGGGGCUCCACUUCUGCUAACAUCCCAACAAUCUCAACAACAAAUUGUGCAUACAACUGAAACAAGUUCUCCUACAAGUUCUCAUAUGGAUUACCAGCCAGCUAGUACAAGUAGACAGUUGUUAGUACAACCUCAAUUAAAUGAAUCAGCUGAAUCUACGCAACGUGAAGAACUAGAAUCUGUAGAUCCAUUAUCUACGCAACAGCAACAACAACAGCAACAACAAACUGUGGCGUUAGUUAGUCCACGAGUUGAUCAACAACAGCUACAACAACAACAACAACAACAACAACAACAACAACAACAAAUACUUCCAGGUGAUCAACAACAAACUGUACCUAGUAGUUCAACACAAUCAGUAAGCACUUCACAUACUUCCGUAUGUCAUAAACGCCCAAGAACUUUAGAUUCAUCAGCCGGCUCUACUUUAAACGAAAAUCUAGAUCAUACACGACAAGAACAAAUAUCAAGCCCAAAGAGUAAACGGAGCAGGCAACAAGAUCUACCUACCACACCUGCAAGUGCAUCGGAUAUCGAAUAUCAGGUUCCAACAUCUAGUCAAAGAGAUCACGAUGAAGAAGGUGACGAAGGUUGUGUUGUUGUAGUUGAUUGUGAUGAAGGAGGUGGAGCACAUCAACCCCCAGAAGAAGAAGAAUUCGAUAACGAUCCUUAUGAGGAAAUUGAAGAGGAAGAGAUUCCUUAUAACGUAGAAGAAAGAGAUAAUAAUGAGGUUGAAAUAAUUAUGGAAGAAGAUUCUACAAGUGCAGAAAUUUCUAGACAAAUUCAAUCUGGACCUCCAUCAAAUCAGCAACAACAAUCUGAAGCAAUAAGCAGUGCAGGGCCAACUGGUGAGCCGCCCUCUUUCGUAUCACGAUCGUCAAGAGGGAUCGCUCCAAUGCCUAGAACGCAGUCACAACAUUUGCUACUUCCACAACAAGGAUAUGAAGAUGGAGGCGAUGACUGUAUAGUUCCUAGCACACCAACAUUAUUUAUGCCUAGAAGAAACGAUGGCUUUGGCGAAGCAGUUAGCUCACCACAAGUACCUCAAGGAAGAUUUACAUUCGGAGAUCCUUCGACAUCUGUUUCAGCAUCAUCAGGACAAACGCAUAGCAACUCAACCAAUUGUGGAACCAGAACAAUAUUUAGUUCAACUAGUUCAGGUUUAGCUCAAGUUAUGCGAGAAGGAAUGGAUGAUACACGAGUAGAUCUUACGCAGUUGGAAGAUAGCGACACUAGCCAUCCUGUUCCAACUACGCCACAACAAGUAUCUCCAAUAAUAGAACAACCCGGAUCAAUUACGAAUAGACCUCCUGAUGAAGAUAUCUCGAUACCAGCUUCGACUGAAUCUCAAACAAAUGUAGGUGAAGAAACUGAUGUAACAAUUGCGCCAGCUGUGCGUAUAUCUUGUGUUCCUGAACAGGAGGAUGAUCAAAGAGAUAUAGUACAUUUGGAACUCACAAAUGAUACAGAAGGAAAUACUGUGGAUAUCAAUAAAAGAUCAGAAGAAACCAGAACUGCAGGAUCGACUGGUGGCGAUGAAGAUAUAAUCGAUGCUGAUAUAGAAAGUAACGAAGAAGUAAAUGAAGAAACAGGUGAUAAUGAUUCAAAAGAAGAUAAUCGUGAAGCAGAAGCUUCCCCUUCUAGUAAUACUAGACAGAGAGCUAUGGCAGCAGCAGCAGCUGCUGCUAGCACUUUAAUGUGUACAAUACGAGGAGCUACAGCAAGACGAUCUGCGAGAACAACUUUUAGAACUACUCGCGCCACAAGGCCAACACCAAUUGUUUGGGAUACUCAAUCUACUCGUGGACAAAAUGUAGUUCGGGGCCAUGCGAUAAGGGGAACAUCAAAUGAAAGUACACGAGUACGUGGUGCUAGAGGCCGUAGAAUACGUUCAAAAUAUCCUUACAAUUAUUAGACUUCAAUUUAUUAUAUUUCAAAAUUAAUAUGUAUAAAAAAAUUUUGUUUUAUAUUGGCUU